AUGGAGGAAAUUGCGGACAUUCUUGAUCACUUUCCAGUUUCAGCUCAGGAUUCCUACAUGAAUGUGCAGUUCCCGUUGCACAAUGACAAUGACUCCCGAUCGCGAAGUUCGUCGGCAGGUGGAGAUUUCUCAUAUGACAUCGAUCAGGAUGGAAGCAGCGCCAAUGAGUCCUCCAUCCAUGCACCGGUUCCGCGGCAUCAUCAUGACAUACUGAGCCUACGAAGAGUGUCCAACUUUGCGGUUGAAGAUGCGAGCGACUGUGAGGAUGAGGGAUUUUGGGAUCUCCGACCAGAUUGGUACGAACGUGCCAGGGCUCGAACUGUUUCAUCCCUGACAUUGGCGCAGUUGAACUCCAGAGAGUCUGCAGGCAGCAGUGAUGCUCUCGGAGGUUCUCAGGCGCUUCGCCUAACGAGCAAGAAGCGAUCCAUGCCAGAGACAAAUCCCAUGACGACUGCCCAGAGACUGCGCUGCUUGGAGUCCAAGUUCGAUGCUUACAAGACCAAAGGAAGACGGAUGGCAGUCAUGGAUGGCUUCUUCCCGAAGCUUCUGCACAGUCCUCAGAUAAAGAUUCCGUUGACCCCGGAAGAGUUUGUGGCUUUGACUGCAACAGAAGUUGAUGCCCUAAAGUAUCUGCACCCUCACCCGCGAGAUUUGCGGGUGCAGUUUUUCCAACAGGAGCACAUGUAUUUCAUCGACAGUCAAAAAACACAGGGCUCCGUCACGAGCAUGAUCCACACUUUCGGCCACCACUUCGACGCCGACGCUGUCAUUGCAGCCAUGUGCGCUGGCCAUCGGUGGCCUCGGGCCGGCUAUCUAAAGGAGGACAUCACCUUUGGCAGCAUUCACAAGUUGCAGCUCUUGGCCCCUGAGCUUCUCCAUAUGCUUGCAGGUCGACCCAGAGAUGAUGUCCGCAUUUGCGAAGUCCUACAACGGCUCCGCCUGCAUUUCGACAUUGAGGUUGAGAUAAGCGCAUUGACGUUGAGUGCACAGACCAUCAAAGAAGUUUGGAAGGCCCGUGGCGCCGAAGCUGCUCACUAUGGCACGUACAUGCACUACAUCUUCGAAGCUUAUCUCAACGGUCACAGCGUGCCAGACUCACCUGAAUUGCGCAUGAUGUGCAAAUUUCUCGCGAGCAUGCCAACUACCUGCGUUGCAUGGCGUACCGAGUGGGUCAUCUUUGGCGAAGACGAGGAUUUGGCUGGAUCCAUCGAUUCUGUUGCGAGAGACAGCGAUGGCACUUUCUUGUUGGUCGACUGGAAACGAACAUCAGGCUUGGGUGCAGACACGUCAGCCCAUCGCGCACGCAAGAUGCUGCCACCGUUGCAGGAUUUGCAGGACAUAAAAGCAGUGCACUAUGAUCUCCAACUGAGUGCCUAUCGCUACAUUCUGGAGAAGUACUACGACGCGAGGGUGUCCGAAAUGUUCGUUGUGUGUUGUCACCCGGAACAUGGCGACUCGCCGUUCGUGCGCGUUGUGCCAAGAUUGGCGCAAGUGACCGAUGCGAUGAUGGCUGCAUGGCGCGAUUGCAAAUGUGGGGCAGAUCGAAGAAGCGCAAAACGACAGCGGCUCAGGUCAGGCGUGCUUCAUUCCUUCACCGCUUUCUUCGAGUGCUACCCACAGGCCGUGGCUCUGCUGCCUAAUGAACGGGACUUCGAGGCUGCAUCGAAGCGAUGCUGGGAAAAGACGAUGUGCACCGCCAGGACGCUGCUCAAACUCCUUGCGGAGAAAUAUCAACAGAAAAACUAUAUCAUCUAUAUGUUCGUUCACUCCAUGCUGAGGAGUAACCCAGAUCUACAGAGAAGAAUGGAAGGUCUUAUCCCACACCCCUCUGUGGAUGACCCUUCGUUGCGCGACUGGCUCGGUGCCAUGGUCGGCUUUCUCGUGGUGUAUUGUCCUCGAUGCUGUGAUGCUCGGGAUCGGCGCCGCUGGAGCAACGUGGACAUAACAGCUGCCGGUGGGACUUCAACAUCCGCAGAUCUUCCCGGGGGAUCCCUGCCACAAGACGUGUUGAAUCAGCUUCCAGCCUUUUUCUUUUCUCUUCCAUAUCUUCAGGCGCUCGCCUGCACAUGCUCUCAUGUGUUCAGAUCCAUGCGAAGGCUGGAGCAUUGCAGAAACUGUUGCAUUCCGAUGGACAGUGAAGAGUUCCAUGACGAGCAGGUACUGCGACAAUUGCAACCUGUCUGUGCUGCAGCUCGCAGUCUGACCAUCGCGACGAAACAGUUGGUCAUGUUGCAAAGUGUGCCUGCAAAUGCUUGCAUAGUCUGGCGUGUGAAUGCUGUGGUUCGGCAUCGGGCAACGGGCAACCGGGUGGUCGGCUUUCUGUCGGACAAUCCCUUGUUGGGUCACGCUGCUUUCGAUUUAUGGCUGCCACGUCGAGUUUCGGGCAUCUACAUUGGCGUCCGUCAGUGGCAAGGAGAGGAACGUCGAAGUUACUUCAGGGUCGACAAUCUGUUCCGUAACGAUACCACAUGGUCCUUCGGCUUCAAUGACCGCCCAACGCAGCCUCAUCCCGGAAGAGAACGGUACCGAAUACUACCUGAUGCUGUCAAUCGCUUCCACAUGCAUUGGAACCAGCACUCAUUCAAGAUAUGCUUGAACGGCGAUGGUGUAUCUUCUGUCAGUAAUCGUCAGCAGCCAUUGACAGCUGCGCUUGCCCAGGUCUUCGUUUGGGUGUAUUGCAGGCCCGAUGCCCAGGGUGCUGAAGCGAACUUGAAGCCUUUGCCGUCAUUCAUACAGCUUAGUGCAGAAGUGAAGUGUGCUGUGUGCGCGCGGGAGUUUGGCAUCCGUGAUCUGCGAUGGGCUGUCUGUCCUGAUUGCGGCACUUGGAUAUGCAGACAUCAUGUGCAGAGAUCUCCAGCGAGACUGUGCCCGCGUUGUCCGAACAUUCUGCUGGACUACGUGGGAGGAAAGGCGUCGGCCAACUUUGAUCAGGUCGAGCAGCCACAGCUUCCCGGAUUUCCGCAGGACCUUCACCAACAACAUGUGGACAGUGGGUUUCCAGACUCUGACAGGCCAGGAGAUGUCUCAGGUGGCUCCGCAUACGCAGCAGAUCUACCUCAAGACGUGCUGCUUAGUUUGGCAACGUGCUUUGCAUGUCCAGAUUAUCUGCAGAGGUUCCAAGCGUGCUCUCGCAAUUGUCGCCGCGCAGUGCUGGACCCUAAAGCUUGGCAAGGCCAAGUAAUUGACAUGGAACCACGAGGCCCAAACUUAGCACAGUUUCUCCGUGCGGCACGUCUGGUUCGCUUGUGGUCCAGAGCUGAUGCAGUGGUUCUUCCAUCUGGGCGGCUCUCUAAGAUGCCGCAAAUGCUUCAGAACAUGCGAAUUGGCUGGCAGUUGGAGUACAAGGCAGCACAAGACGUUCUCAGCACAUUGACAAGCUAUCUUUGGGAAUCAUCCCGCCCUCUUUUCGGCCAGGCCGAGUUUUCUGUCACUAUGAAGCAUCCCGCCACUGCACCGAUCGUGGGCGUGCGUGGGACUGACGUGCGUACUGGUAUGUUUCGGAGCACAUACUGUAGGUUUCAGCGCCCGUUUCAGGAAUCAAUGUCUGCUGCUUACAGUAUGUACGGAGAACAACCUAUGCCGGUGACCUGCCAGCGGGGACCGCAGCUCCCAGCAAGUGCAACACACCAUGUGAAAGUGGCAUGGUCAGAACGCAGGCUGACAAUUUGGCUUGACGGAUGCUUACAACCAAGUCUGCAGCUGCGGCCGCAAACACCUUCCGGCCCCGGUCCUCAUUCAAUAUUUGUCGCAAAGAUUUUCGCUUUGCCAAACUCAGGGCGUGACGAUUUUCUUAUGCGAGCUUUACCAAGCAAAAUCGAGGAGCAGUGCGUCAUCAAGUGUCACUCCUGCAUGUACACGAGCCGGCUUUCCACCCGUGGCUGCCUGUUGUGUGACCAGUGUCUACAUUGGUUUUGCUUCAGGCACAUACAGAUUGCGGGGCCUGCAGCUUUCUGUGCUCCGUGUGCAGAGACAGUGAUCGACGUGCUCGGCGGCGCAACCGCGCUCGAAGAAGUCACUAUGGCCUGCGGGGCAGCGGCUGCUUCAGGUCUGGCCAACAGUUCAGCUUGUGCAUCCCAGGAAACUCACAUGCCAGCAAUCGGGGAGAGAGUUGAUGAAGAGGAAGCAGAAGCAGUUGCCAGCCAUCAGUCUCAGGCAGGUGAUCAGCCUGUUGCGGAAACAGAAGCAGUUGCGCAGCAAGACGAACGGCUGACGCAGGAACUGGAAGCCAUGUUGGCGGAUGAUGAAGCUGGCAAACAAAACAGCUUGCUCCAACAAGCCAGGCAAAGACGUAAUUUGCCAGGGGCUUCCGACACGAUGAAAAGCUUCGCAAAAACGUUUCGAAGUUUUCGGGCUCUUGCAGAUCAGAAGCUGCGAGACAUCGUCCCCAUGCAGAGUUCGGAGGAGUCAAGCAUUCCUGAGCAUGUGGCACGAAUCCGCCGACAGGUCUUGCACCGAUUUCCAGAUAUGGACGAGCAGCUCGUUCGCGUGACCGUUGGCGCUGUGGCCGUAUACAGAUUAAGGCUCACUGACAUACAUCUGCGAGAGCUGAUCAUGCUCUUGUGGAUCGUCGAAGGCGAGUCACAUAUGAGAUGUCAUCACGGGAAUAUUUACUUUUUCCACAAUGGUGCCUUUACAGUGCAUAGAGGAGUUCCGCCACAGGGUGCACUUGCUAGAUGCAAGCGCUUCUUUCUUCGCUUGGAAGGCUUGUUCCGCCUCAUGGGUUCGCCACGUCUGGUCACCGACGGUGACGUCUUGGAUCAGGUUCAUCGCCUGUUUGUCGCACAGAACAGCUCCGCCCAGUAUCUUUUGAAUGCUUGCGAGGACGCAGCAAAAAACCACAUUCCCAGCGUCAAGGGCCGCCAGGCCCGAUCAUCGCGGGCGCUCGAAGCGGAUGAAGACAUGCCACAGCAAGAUGAGCAUGCGCAGGAAGGCCCUACGUCUCGCUGUCAAGGCACCGCAGACUCUCUUGCCAGAGCAUGUGGCUCAUUGCAGAGUAAACUCCUGGAUGACAAGAUUUUCAAUCUUGUGGUGGAAUGGUGCGAGAGUGUACAGACACGAGCUGCCGGAGUAUCAUACACCGACUGUGCCAUGCUUUACGACACAGCUCCUGGUCAGCACGUUGUGCCUGCACGGGGGGUGCCUGAGGACAACAUAUACGUUCACAUUCCGCAUCCGCUGCUGAGCAACAUCGGCGACCCAGCUUUUCAAGCUGCAAGUGACAGGCUUGAGAAGUUCUAUACGGAGACCUUCUGGUUGAACAACGAUGUCUUUGCUUGCAAUCAAGCGGCCAUCGCGCUAGCCAAGAGAGGUGAGAACAUCGUGCGUGUCGGGCAAUCCUUGUACAGUUCCCAUCUCCACGCAGUCUACGCUCCGAAUCACGCUUUCAUCGACCCGAAUAUUUGGUACGAUGAGCACGAGAUGAGGAAGCAAAUCGAGCAGUCGGCUGGCUGCUUCAUCUUGACAGCGCAGGAGAAGCCCGAGAACUCUCGCCGGAUGCGAGAGGACCUGUUCAAAAAAACCAUGUCGGCCGACGGGAUUGCUGGCCGAAGGCCGUAUGGUCUACAGACGCGGAUGAUCGAAUUAGUUGGAUGGAAGAGGUACGAAGUAAACAGCAUGAUUCGUUUUGCAAAUGUCUGUGAGAGAAAUUUCCCAUCGGCUAACAGACGAGGCUGUGUGUGGCACCCAAAGGCACGGUUCAUCGAUGAGGCCAUCAUUGCUGGCCCGUAUCCCGACGCGAAUCGAGACGGCUACUUCAAGAAAGAUGAGGAACUCAAAGCGUUUCUGAAGAGCCCACCUUGUGUGGCAGCUGCGCUGCGAUUGCAGCACGCAUUCGAGACAAGUCAUGGGCCACAAGAUUGCAGGCAGAUGAUUGAGGACCUCGCCAGCCAGCCUCUGACGGAGGAUUCUAUGAGGGAAGCAUGCGGUUUGCCUCCACGUCAUCGUUCAAGCGAGCCGGAGCCUGCGCUUGCAGUUCCAGUUGACCCAAGCAGCCAGGACGAAGAGAAGGAGUUGAUCCAGAAGCUGAGGAAUGUCGCUGCAGCAAUCCAAGAAUAUUGCCUCCAAACGAACAGGAAUCCGAUGACAAAGGGCAUGUGGAAGUAUGUGAAGUUGCCAUCGAACCAUCCUACAAACCUUGACAGAGAGAUGAUGUGGAAGGCUUUACUUGAACGCAAACUUUUGCUGCCUGUCAUCGAAAAAAGCGAGAAGUACAAGGAUGCUGUAAUCCCUUUCGUAGACGUGGGGAGGCCAUUGAGUGAGGUCGUCCCUCUCCAGAUAGAUACAGACGAGUGCUUACACCAAGAAGUGCAUGAUGUGGACGCAGCCAGAAAGUACAUACAAGGCAAUGGUAGCAGAGAAGCAAACGUAGCCACGAUCAUCAAAUACUUGGGUGCUGUGGCGAAGCACCUCCGGAAGCCUGGCAGAGCAGGCAAGCAGAGCGCUGCUCGGCACGACGAGAUUGCUUCACUGGAAAAGCUAUCCAAGAAAAUGUCGGACCGCGAAGAAACACUUGCAAGACAUGGGGUGCGUCUGUUGCUUUCGGCUCCUUUGCAUGCUGACGCCCGCGACGACACCCAUUGCAAUUGA